GGAUUGUGCAGAGCAGGAGAGUGAGGGAGAGCGUUGGGAGAGCGGCAGCGGCGAAGAUGGUGAAGUUUUUGAAGCCGAACAAGGCCGUCAUCGUCCUUCAGGGGCGAUACGCCGGUCGGAAGGCGGUCAUCAUCCGAUCGUUCGACGAGGGAACCCGAGACCGUCCCUAUGGGCACUGCUUGGUCGCCGGGAUCGCCAAGUAUCCGAAGAAGGUGAUUCGCAAGGACUCGGCUAAGAAGACUGCGAAGAAGUCCCGAGUGAAGGCUUUCGUCAAGCUUGUGAAUUACACCCACAUAAUGCCGACUCGCUACACCCUCGAUGUCGAUCUCAAGGACGUGGUCAACCUCGAGGCACUCCAAUCUCGCGACAAGAAGGUCACGGCUGCGAAGGAGGUCAAAGCUCGGUUAGAGGAGCGGUUCAAGACCGGGAAGAACAGGUGGUUCUUUACCAAACUCAGGUUCUAAGUAAGAGGCCAAAAGAAAAUUACCUCAGCUGUUAUAUCGAUUGUAGGAUUUCCCAUUUUGUUAAAUGAUAGGAUUUUAAAUUGGGUUCUGAACCCAUAUUUUUGGAUGGUGUUGAGAGUUCAUUUUGGUCUUGAUAUUUCUGUUUGAAAAGUCUAUAUAUGUUGAUAGUUCGCUCUGGAUUUCUUAAUUCGUUUUGCAUUCUUAUGUGUUAGUGUUCCAAAUUGAUAGUUCGCUCAGAUGACGGAAUCUGAGCAGAUUGAUGUUUUAUUAUUGUCUUGGUUAUUGAUGAAUUUGAGCUCUCGUCUUUCAAGUA